AUGUCCCUUGUUAGCAAGCCUAAGACCGUUGAGGCGGAGGAGACCCGCAUCCACCGCAUUCGCAUUACGCUCACGAGCCGUAAUGUGAAAAAUUUGGAGAAGGUUUGUGCUGAUCUCAAGCGUGGCGCCGUAGACAAGAACCUUAAGGUGUCGGGUCCUGUCCGUCUUCCGACUAAGAUUCUGCGUCUCACCACGCGUAAGUCGCCUUGUGGUGAGGGUACGAACACGUGGGACCGAUUUGAAAUGCGCAUUCACAAGCGUAUUAUCGAUCUUCAUGCCCCGUCGGACAUCGUGAAGCAAAUCACGUCAAUCUCGAUUGAACCCGGUGUGGAGGUUGAGGUGACUAUCGCUGACACCGCUUAA